UCGAGAACCGAGCGGAGCUGGUUGAGCCUUCAAAGUCCUAAAACGCGCGGCCGUGGGUUCGGGGUUUAUUGAUUGAAUUCCGCCGGCGCGGGAGCCUCUGCAGAGAGAGAGUGCGAGAGAUGGAAAUGGACAAACGGAUUCAUUUAGAGCUGCGGAACAGGACGCCCUCUGAUGUGAAAGAACUCGUCCUGGACAACUGUCGGUCGAACGAUGGCAAAAUCGAAGGCCUCACAGAUGAGUUCGAAGAACUGGAAUUCUUAAGUACAAUCAACACUGGCCUCACCUCAGUCGCGAACUUACCAAAGUUAAACAAACUCAAGAAGCUUGAACUAAGCGAUAACAGAAUCUCAGGGGGCCUGGAAGUAUUGGCAGAAAAGUGUCCGAAUCUUACGCAUCUAAAUUUAAGUGGCAACAAAAUUAAAGACCUCAGCACAAUAGAGCCCCUGAAGAAGUUAGAAAACCUCAAGAGCUUAGACCUUUUCAACUGCGAGGUGACCAACCUG